UAAAUCUUGACUUUUAUGGGUCAAAGUCAAUCAUCAUCCAGGCGAUGACUCUUCCUUCUCCUUUCCAUAUACCGAUCGAUCAAUCCAUCGAUCUAGGUUUUUAUCCUCAUAAAAAUAAAAUAUAAAAUAAUUAAUAAAUUAAUGAAGCAAUCAACAGUUCCAGAUUACGAAUCCGAAACCCCUCGUUCAUGGAACAACGAAUUCGAUCGCCGAUUCGCAUUUUCCCGCCAAACCUCAUUCCAAAAACCUCAAUCUCCUCGCACACCAUCUAAAGUUCUUUCCAACAAUUAUUUCUCAAAGCCUCCGCCUCCUCCGCCGCCGCCUUUGUUGACUCGCACUUCAUCUAAAAUUGACGUUUUUCAACAACCUGAAUAUGACACUAUAUGGACUCAUGAUGAUUAUAAUAAUCAAAGACUUGAUAUUUAUAAUAAAAAUAAUCGAAUUUGGGUUUUUGGUUUUGUAUUUUAUUUAUUUAAUGUUGUUAGAUCCGGAAAUAGAGCUAUGAAGAGACUGCUGAUGUUGAUUUUGCUCAAUGUUGCGUGCUCGACUGCCGAAUUGCUUAUCGGCUUGUUUUCGGGCCAAGCAGGUUUGGUGUCUGAUGCAUUUCAUUUGACAUUUGGGUGUGGCCUUUUGACGUUUUCUUUAUUUGCGAUGGUUGUUUCGCGGAGAAAGCCUGAUCGAGUCUACACUUACGGGUACAAAAGGAUAGAAGUUUUAGCUGCUUUCACCAACUCUCUGUUUCUUUUGUUCAUGUCAUUUUCUUUGGCUGUUGAAGCACUUCACGCAUUCGUACAAGAUGAAUCUGAGCACAAGCAUUACUUGGUUGUUUCUGCAGUAACGAACUUGUGUGUAAAUCUCAUUGGCAUUUGGUUUUUUAGGAACUAUGCUCGUGUUAGUCUUGUUUAUAGAAAUGCCGAAGAUAUGAACUAUCACUCGAUUUGCUUACAUGUUGUUGCUGAUUCUAUUCGAAGUGCAGGCUUGAUUCUUGCUUCCUGGCUAUUAAGUCUCGGGGUUGACAAUGCUGAAGUUUUGUGUUUGGGACUAGUUUCAUUCAUGGUAUUUAUGCUUGCCAUGCCACUUUUUAAGACAAGCAGUGGUAUCCUUCUUCAGGAAGCGCCACCUGGUAUUCAUUCCUCAGCAUUGACCAAAUGCUGGAGACAGGUGGCUUCUCUUGAAGAUGUAAUUGAAGUAUCUGAAGCCCGGUUCUGGGAAUUUGUACCAGGUCAUGUGGUGGGAUCAGUCGCACUACAGGUGAAGAAGGGGGCGGAUGAUCAAUCUGUUCUUGGGUUUGUACGUGAUUUAUACCAUGAGUUAGGAGUACAAGAUUUUACAGCAAACUUGGACUUGACAUGAACUGAAGAUUGAUUUUGUCGACCAAUAGGAAACUCUUACAGCUGAUGACAUUCAUAGAAAACUUGAACACCAGAGUAAAAGGAACUUUAGCAUGUGUGUUUAUAAAAUCAUACCAAUAGUAUGAUACUAUUUUCAAUCUCAUUUCCUAUUGUAGGCUCUUAAUUAAUCUGCUUGUGGAACGAUUCAUAGAUUUUAGGAUUUUGUGCUUUAAAGCAUGUAUUAAAGUCAAAGGUCAUACGACAUAUAUCUAUUGUUUUACCUCUGUCUAA